UCAUUUGCUGAUUUAAACAAGGAACCAUAAAAACCUGAAAUGCAUAUUGGGUAUCGCCCAACACGGAGGCUCAACCGCCAAGGCGAAAAAAAAAAGUGCCCUUUCUCCUCCAGCCUCGCCGGAGGUGCCAGGUUGUAAUCUGCAAAUGUAUCGUCUGGCCCUAGGGGCUUGACAGUUAAUGAUUUGCGGCAGAAGGAGCCCGGCCGAGGAGCAGGAGGGACGCGAGCGAGCGAGCGCGGGCGCGCGGGCGCAGGGACCGAGCCGAGCCCCCGCCGGCCGCACAGGCGCCGCCUCCCGUCUUCCGGGCCCCGGCACUUCGGGGGGUUCCGGGCGCCUGAGACCGCGGGGGCCCCCAUGGAGGCAGCGUCGCCGGCGGGCCCCGGCGACCCGCAGCCGCGCGCGCAGGGAGCGGCGGGCGCGCCCCCCAGCCUGCUGCGCAGGAUAAAAGGCAAACUCUUCACCUGGAAUCUUUUGAAAACAAUUGCCCUGGGUCAGCUGUUGUCCUUGUGCAUAUGUGGGACGGCCAUCACCAGCCAGUAUUUGGCAGAAAGAUACAAAGUGAACGCCCCCAUGCUUCAGAGCUUUAUCAACUAUUGCAUUCUGUUUCUCAUUUACACAGUGAUGCUGGCAUUUCAAUCAGGCAGUGAUAAUGUUUUAUACAUCUUGAAAAGAAAAUGGUGGAAGUACAUCCUGCUGGGACUAGCGGACGUGGAAGCUAAUUACCUGAUUGUCAGAGCGUACCAGUACACGACUCUAACCAGUGUCCAGCUUUUGGAUUGCUUUGGGAUUCCUGUGUUGAUGGCUCUCUCGUGGUUUAUUCUUUAUGCGAGAUACAGAGUGAUCCACUUUGUUGCCGUGGCCGUCUGUCUGCUGGGUGUAGGAACUAUGGUUGGUGCAGACAUAUUAGCAGGGAGGGAGGACAAUUCAGGUAGUAAUGUACUGAUUGGUGACAUCUUGGUCCUUCUUGGGGCUUCCCUCUAUGCCGUCUCUAAUGUGUGUGAAGAAUACAUCGUGAAGAAGCUGAGUAGGCGGGAGUUUUUAGGAAUGGUGGGCUUAUUUGGAACAAUUAUCAGCGGCAUACAGCUAUUGAUUGUGGAAUAUAAGGAUAUUGCCAGCAUUCACUGGGACUGGAAAAUUGCCCUGCUAUUUGUGGCAUUUGCCCUCUGUAUGUUUUGCCUGUACAGUUUCAUGCCUCUGGUGAUUAAAGUCACCAGUGCCACUUCUGUCAACCUGGGCAUCCUGACAGCUGACCUCUACAGCCUUUUCUUUGGACUCUUUCUGUUUGGCUAUAAGUUUUCAGUGCUCUACAUCCUGUCCUUCACCGUCAUCAUGGUGGGGUUUAUUCUGUACUGCUCCACCCCGACAACCACCGCAGAGCCGGCUGGAAGCAGCGUGCCACCCGUCACGAGCAUUGGAAUCGACAACCUGGGACUGAAGCUUGAGGAGAACCUCCAGGAGACCCACACUGUGGUCUUGUAGCUGGAGAAGGAGGUCCACACGAGCUUCUGAGGCUUCCUGGGAAACUGGGAGCCACCACCAAGAUAAAGCAGAGCCUCCUGACUGCUGAAGGGACACUUGGAAAAUUAUCAGGUUCAGAGCGAACACUCGACAGCAUUGGAUUGGAUCCAGUGGUUAGAUUUUAUAAAGGAACAUAAAAUAAUGUAUCAAAAAUAGAAAUAUCAAAAUGGAGCAGAAGCCAAGGCUAGGAUUGUGUUUCUGUGUGUCUGAGGACCAAUACCUGUUAGUGUCACGGAGACAAGGUGUGGGUUCCACACUGGGAUCUUGGAGGCACAAAUGGGAAAGCAGGGGGGCAGACACCCAAGCACGAGCCAGCCUCAGGACAGGGCCUGA